CCCAGGCCAGCGUCGCCAUACGGAACAUACUGCCCCAACGGAGAGGGGGAGGAGAGAGAGAGAGAGCCUGAGAGUGUGUGUGUGUUCAGAGAGAGGGAGAGAGAGAGAGGUAGAGAGAGCUCGUGCGUGUAUUAAGAGAGCGAGAGAGACGAGGUCUGGCUUCUUCUGGUAGUAAAUUAUCAGAUUUCGAGCGCAAAAACUCGCAGAAACAGACAGAUCGGGAGGCCUCGUGGAAAUCUGCUUCAGCGGUGACCGGAACCAGCAGCAGGAGCGCGUGAAGCCUUGGAUUAAAAAGCCCGACUACAAGGACGGAUGGUCGCGCAGACGGGCGGCGCGCUCUGAAGUUGGACAGACUACCGAGGCACCGAGAGCGAGGAGCCGGCGACAGCACAGCCAGCAGCAGCUUUUUUUUUCUUUUUUUGGGGGUCCCUCCACCUCCCAGAACCCCCCCACCCCUCCCACACCGGUAAAGGCAGCAGCAUCGGCGGCGGCAUCGGGAGGCUGUGCCCGCGCACCCCGACCAUGGAGCUGCCUUGGCUGCUGGCGCUCACGGCGCUGCUUGCUCACGCCACCACGGGACAGAAGUGGUCGCUGCCUAUCGAUGACGAAGGGUCGGCGAGAGAUGAAUUUUACGACGAUGAGGAUCUCUACUCGGGCUCUGGCUCUGGCUUUCCUGAGAUCGGUAUGAGGCCAACAUCAGUAGCUGUCACGUUCACCACAGAGGAACCCCUACUUCUCUCCACGACCCAAGCAACCGACCUCGCUCCCUCUGCACCGCCUGCAGCAGAGCCUAGCCCCAACCCAGAGGACCCAACGACCACCCCUCUUCUCACCGAGGCUGAGGGAGAGAGCGGCGUGUUCUUGGAUAGGGACCUGGAGAGGGAGAGGGAGCUGGAACAGGAGAGGGAGAGAGAAAGGGAGAGGGAAAGGGAGCGUGUCCGAGAGAUGGAGCGAGAGAAGGAGAGGGAGAGAGAGAGAGAGAAGGAGAGGGAGAGGGAGAGAGAGCGGGAGAGGGAGAGAGAGCGGGAGAGGGAGAGAGAGAGGGAACGUGAGAGCGAGCGACAGAGAGAGCUGGAGAGAAUCCAGGCCGCCGCCCAGACCACUGCCGCGCCCCGGUCCCCUGCUGCCGUUCCUAUGGUCACCACCAAUCCUGCAGCCAGUCCUGCCGAAAGUGCAGCGCCCUCUGCUGGUUCAGAUGACCUGAGCGCCACAGAAGAAGAGGAGGACAUCUACCUUUCGCCUGAGCCCAGCUUGCUUUACCCAGGAUUCACUGACGAAACCACUACAGAAGAAGACAUGUCCAUCACACCAGAGUCAACUCCUGAGCCCACCACAGCUGCAACAACCAUUGCUACCACUGUCAAGACCAGGACCCCCUUCAGGCCCAGGGUUCCCAUGAUGACAACGACUCAGGCGGUGCCAACAGAGAGAACGACCCGCCCACAGCAGCCCACAACAACACAGGAGGGUACCAACGAAGUGGGUGCUGCAGGACCAAGUGGAGAUUAUGAAAUCAUGGAUGGACGCCGCAAUAAUCUUGGCAGCGAAAUGGCAGGAGGUCCCGAUCUUAUCGGCAACUCUGUGGACGGAGGCAGCUCCGCGGCCCAGCUACCGCAGAAGAACAUCCUGGAGAGAAAAGAGGUCUUGAUAGCGGUGAUAGUGGGAGGCGUGGUGGGCGCCCUGUUCGCUGCCUUCCUGGUGAUGCUGCUGGUGUACAGGAUGAAGAAGAAGGACGAGGGCAGCUACACGCUGGAGGAACCCAAACAGGCCACCGUCACCUACCAGAAACCGGACAAGCAGGAGGAGUUUUAUGCAUAACACUGACACGCCAGAGAGACACGCCGCACACCGGGAAGAGAGAAAGAGCGAGCAAGAGAAGAGCGAAAGAUACUCUAUAAGUCCUGCCCUUCCUCCUCCUCCUCCUCCAUCCUUCCUACUCCUCUUCUUUUCCCCCCACCCUCCUUAUCUGCUCGGGUCUCCUCAUCCCUCUCUCCUCUCGUCUCCAGUAUACUUGAGAGCGCCUUUCUCUCUGCGGACUUGGAACCUUCUUUUCAAAGAAAACGAGAAAAAAAAGAGGACAAAAAAAAGGAAAAAAAAUCCAAAUAUAUUCAGAAAAAAAAUAACACGUACACGCGAGAUGUUUUUAAAGUAAAUGUUGUUAUUAAUAUUCUACAGAUUCUCUUGUUCUGUAUGUAAUGAUAUGAUUAUUUUGUAAGAAAACAAACAAAACAAAACACAUGUUCUUGUAACCUGUGUUUUCCAGCACACACACACACACAAAAAGAGCGAGAGAGAUCCUCUUCUGUUUUUAACGGAGCAAAUCAGAAAAAAAGGCCUGAAAGGGGAGAGGAGAGGGGUGGAGACGGGUGGAGUGAGCCUAUGGACAGACUAUUAGAUCGGGCUCCACUCUGCCCCUCACCACCACCACCCCCACUCCACACAUACACUAAAAAAAAAAGAAAAGAAAAAAAAAAGAAAAACGAACCAUACAGAGCGUCUGGUUGGCCGCACAGAGCCCAGGGUCAAAGGUGAGAGGAAAGGUCUCUUUUGUGUGCCUUCCGUCAAUCUGGUGCUCAAAGACACACAAACGCACGUCCACAAAGCCACGCAUAAACACACGCUAACACACACACACACAUACGCGCGCACACACACUCGUAUCUGCUCGAAGGUGGCGCUGACCUCUCGCUCUGUGCUCGGCCAACCAGAAAACGGUGCUCAGCGCUCGGCGUGUUUCACAACGUCAAGGAGCCGCUGUGGAGACACCGGCAGGCCCCCCUCCCUCUGCUCCUCUAAGCUGUAUAAAGACUAGUUAUGGAUAGUAAUAAUAAUCAAUAAUAUAUCAAUGUUCUUGGGCUGGAUGGUGAACAAUAAUAAUAAUGAUGAUGAUGAUAAUAAUAAUGCCGUAAUAAUAAUAAUAAACAGGAGGAUGUGUAUUUAGCAUUUUAAAAAAAGAAAAAAGUUUAUAUGUAAAUAUCAGCGUAUCCUUUCUGGCGUCACUAACCAUCUGCAUGACCAUGAAGAGUUUUUAUCCAUCACAUCACGUCAUCCCUUUAGAUGAGCUGUGCUCUUGUCACACACACACGUACGCACGCACACACACCAAACACACAACAGCUGAAAUAAAACUCGCAGCGCACUCAAACACACCACCACGCCGACGUUAAGUAGACUGCAAAUCAUAUCACACGAGCGCAUAUCGAACCCCUCGUCGUCGUCGUCACCAUCACCGUCAUCAUCGUCGUCAUAGUGAUAGUCAUCACUUGUGAUUUCCAGCAAGAUCAGGUGGUUUCAAUGUUAUUGGUUAGUUAUCGAUCAGUUGCCGGUUGGUUUAGAGUUUGGUCUGUUUGUGUAAAAGCACAACUCCACGUCCGGCCAUCAUCCGAUAAACCCCUCCACCCCACCCCUCUCACACACACACAUACACACACACACACACAUAAAUGCACACACCCUUUUGCAUGCCUCACCUUAUGAGUUUUUUUUUUCUUUCUUCCAUCAUUGGCUCUCUGUUUGGGGAUGGGAGGGGCCUCUUGGAAGUGUGAGGGGCUUUAAUGAAAUAUUUUUUUUUUCAAAGUUGCUCCCACGUGCACUAAUUCAGUCAUAACAUUUGCCGUUAGAGCUUUGGUUAUGAGAGGAAAAUGAAUUAGUGUUUAUGAGGUCAACGUUAACCUGCCGUGGGAGCAUUUUGGGGGAGGGAAGGGGAGGGGAGGGGACAACGUGAGGAGACAGGCGGCCUGUGCUUCUAUCUAAGAGAUUGUAACAAUAAACACACCAGUGCGACUGGGCUAGUAGCUUCUAUUAUACUCAGUACUGUAGAACAAAAAUGCAUGGGAGUCAAAACUAUACUCGUCUGGGUGUGUGCGGAUGGCUCUGUGUGUGAGUGUGUGUGAGUGUGUGUGUGCAUUUUUUUCUGUCCAAGUGUGCGUCUUUGAAAGAAGAGAGGGGCGAGUUAAAGCUGGAAUGUACUGUGGUCGAGUGUUUGUUUACCUACUCCAGCAGUUCUCACGCUCUUCCACAUGCAGGUAACACACCUCUUCCACUCCUGUGUGUGUAGUUACCUGGGCCCUCUCCUUCCAUCCCUCCCUCCCUCCCUCCCACCUUCCCCUCGCCAGUCCGAGAAUACCUGUGCGCGCCUGUGUCUGCACCUCAUCUAAACCUGCUACCUGUGUGUUUGCGUAUGCAUGAGUGCUUCACCUUGAUAUUUCACAGCAGACUCUUGUGUACACUGACUAGCCUGUCGAUGCGAGUGUGUGUCUGCGUGCGUGUGUGUCUGCGUGCGUGUGUUUCUGCGUGCGUGAGGGUGUGUUUAGUCUGUUCACUGCUGAAUGUGGGGCGGCUCGUCCCUCACAGUGGCUAUCACACACACUGACCGUGUCUUUUCACUGUCUGUCUGACUUGUCUACCUGUCUGUCUGCCGCAGGACAGAUGGACAGACAACACGCCACUUUCUCACAGGCAGGAAUGAUAUAAACACGUACUGUCUUUUCUAAAAGUGACUGUCAAAGUGUAAACGUGUGCGUUUGUAGCCAUUUAAGCCUGCGUAGCCAAAUAAGACGUGUGUGCGUGUCUGAGAGAAAGAGGGUAAAUUUGUAUGUGUGUGUGUGUGUGAGUGUUAGUGUGCAUGUUUGAGAGUGUGUGUGCGCGUGUGUGUGUGAAGCCCAGUGGAGGCUACACUACUCUAUGUUUGCUGUUCCCAUUCCUGUUUUUAUACAUUUGCAUUUUUUAAGGCUGAGUUUCUGUCAUUGGCUGAGUGAGCGAAAGGAGGCGGAUCCUCCACGCCACCGCCCUGUCACUAAUCUGCCACUCUGUUCCAAAUAAAAAACCUGAUUGGGUAAA